UUACUCUGUGUAUAAUUACAGACUCAUGCCUAGCUCUACACACAACUCAGAAUCUCUUGCACCAAUUGGAGUAACUAGAGCUCUGACUCAACUUUCACAACAUGGUCCCUGUAGUACUGCUGGUGAUGCUGUCUAUGCUGCCCUCCAUGGCUCAGGGUGCAUGCACAAUGGGCGGUGGGCCGAAACCAGUAUUGGUGAAGGUCUGCAGGGGUUCAGAUAAUCUUCUUCAUGAGGUAGGCACCAAAUGGCGAACCAAGGAUUGCAAGGACUGUACGUGCUCUUCACAUGGAAUGAGUUGCUGCGACGUUGGGGCCACGUCAAUCACCUUUCCUGACCACUGUGUGGAGGUGUAUGACAAGAAGAAUUGCAGACGGUAUGCAGUUGAGAGGGAUGAUCUAUCUACUGAAUGCAAGGGUCCAGUUAUAGCAGUUGGAAAGUGAUGUAUAUUAUAAACAAUGGGUGAAGGAUGCAAUAAAAACAAAACAUGUAAUGAA